UCGCGGCGCAGGCGGAGGCGGGGCAGGCGGUCUGUUGCUAAGACUUGUGAGGUGCAGCGCUUGCGUGCGGCUCUUCAGGUGGCUGUAGGCUUCUCCCCGCCCGUCGUCACAGCAGAAAUGUCUGAAAAGGAGAACAACUUCCCGCCGCUGCCCAAGUUCAUCCCUCUGAAGCCCUGCUUCUACCAGAACUUCUCCGACGAGAUCCCCAUCGAGCACCAGCUUCUGGUGAAGAGGAUCUACCGCCUGUGGCUGUUCUACUGCGCCACCCUGGGGGUCAACCUCAUCGCCUGCCUGGCCUGGUGGAUCGGUGGUGGCUCGGGAGCCAACUUCGGCCUGGCCCUGCUCUGGCUGCUGCUCUUCUCCCCCUGCGGCUACGUGUGCUGGUUCCGGCCUGCGUACAAGGCCUUCCGAGCCGACAGCUCCUUCAACUUCAUGGCGUUCUUCUUCAUCUUCGGAGCCCAGUUCGUCCUGACCGUCAUCCAGGCGAUCGGCCUCUCGGGCUGGGGCGCGUGUGGUUGGCUGGCGGCAAUCGGGUUCUUCCAGACCAGUGUCGGGGCCGCCGUGGUCAUGCUGUUUCCAGCCAUCAUGUUCUCCAUGUCAGCUGCCCUGAUGGCCGUUGUGAUCAUAAAGGUGCACAGGAUUUACCGGGGGACUGGCGGAAGUUUCCAGAAGGCGCAGACAGAAUGGAACGCGGGCACUUGGCGGAACCCGCCAUCUCGGGAGGCUCAGUACAACAACUUCUCGGGGAAUAGUCUGCCGGAGUACCCCACCGUGCCCAGCUACCCGGCUGCUGGCAGCCAGUGGCCUUAGAGGGGCCCGCCGGACCCCGCCGCCCGCCUCCCCAUCCCCCAGCCCCGGGCGUGGGGCCCGCCCUCGUGUUUAUCCCGCCGGAGUGGGGGUCUGGCCCCUGCUGCCCGGCAGAAGGCUGCCCCCUGGCUGCGGGUCACGUCCGGCCACCGGGCGCCCACGCCCUCUCCCGGCCAGGUCUCGGAGGGCCGACCACCGCCGUCCUUCCCGAGCUGACGGCCUGCGUCCACCCGCUUCUCCUCCCCUCCUCCUGACGGGCUCGGCGUGCGGCUGUGUCUUCUAAAUCCCUGUCCACCUGCAGCCAGAGGGCCCUUGUGGACCAGCCUGCGGGACCUGCCGAGGCACCUUAGCUGGCUGGGCACCACGAUCUGAGCUUCCCUGUCCGUCUGUCUGGCUGCCCCACGCGCUCGGUGCUGGGCCAGCUUGGCUCCAGCCUUCCUGCCUGCAGCGGCUCUCCUGGGAGCUCAGAGCAGACCUCUGUCGAGAUCUGAAGCCCUGGCCGAGUCCUCGGGGAGGACGGGUUUGGGGGGGACGGGGGGCUGUAGGCCCCUCCCCUCCACGUGCAGGCCGAGGACAGCGCGGCACCUGGGGGAGGGGGUGGCUGGCGCUCGGAGCCUGUGACCGCGGCCCUUUGCUUGAGCUGUGGGAAGCGGAAGAUGGAGUUUCUCAGGAGAAUGGCCUUUUCGAAGGACAGAAGAUGUGACAAAUCUGUGCCUUAGCAAUCUGAACGUCCCUGGUCUCCCCUCUGAUGGUUUUAGCUCCUUCCAAGAUGAGGACCCGGCUGUCCCAUGGGGCUCUCCACAGUGCCCCCCACAGCGCCCUGGUGAGCGGAUGGGUCAAAGGUGCAGUAGCCUCUUUGCCCUUGCUGGUGCCUCAGUGCCCCGUCCCCCACCGGCUGCCUCGGGCUGGGGGCAGGGACCCUGUCAGUCACACACUGCCGCACCGGUGCCGGCCUCUCCCGAAGCCCCGAUGGCCCGCUUAGGUCUCCACGCUCCCUCGAUCGCUUCCGCUCCUGGUGCCGAACACGUGCGUCGUCCAGAGGUGGCCUGGGUCCCUGAGAAGGUGCCCGGGUCUGGUGCCCGAAGGCAAGGCCUCCUGGAUGGAAAACCCCGGAUCGGGUCUCGCAGGGGCCCUUAACCAAGUCCCCAGUUCAGCCUCUGCGAGAGGCACGCACCGCACGCACCGAGGGGCCGAGUCCCUCCCGACGGCCGGCUGGGUGCGCCCGCCGCCUGCCCUGUGCCCCCGCGGCGCUGGGCACCUUCGUUACGUCGUGGUGGGUCCCGUCGAGAGGAUCCUGGCCACAAACACUGCCGUCCUUCCUGGCUUGCGGGCUGCUGGCGGGGGCGCGGCGGGGGCGGCCCUGUGGCCUGUCGCUUCCGCGCCCGCCCGUGGACCCCGCCCUGCGCAGGCACCCUGGGCCGUGCCCGCCGACCCCACAGUGCGCUUCUCUCCUGUCCUUUUAAAUCAACUUCUUUAUAUGCUCAACUGGUUUUUUUUUCUGGUUUUGGCUUUAUUAUUUUUUAAUUUUGAGCGAGAGCGCCUGCGUGAGUGGGGGGUUGGGGGGAGAAUCCCAAGCAAGCUCCACGCUCAGCGCACCGCCCAGUGCGGGACUCGAUUCCGAGACCCUGGGAUCGUGACCUGAGCCAAAGUAUCAGGAGUCAGACACGCUUACCCUGAGCCCCCAGGGGCUCAGCCGUCUCCAUUUGAGAAAGGAAGUUUGCGGAAAACCAGCCGGCCUCACUCGGCAGGAAGGGAUAGUGGUGGAAGCAGCUGGACUGGUAACGGGUCUCCCAGAAACCCAGGUUGGGGGCGUCCCCGGUGGCAGGGUGGACAUGCUGUGUGGACACAGGAGGGAGGGUGAGUCUUACUCCACGGGACACUUUGCCACCACAGGAAGGUGACCAGAUCCGCAGACAGAAACCAGACAGAGCCCCAAGCAAGGGGCAUGGGUUGUGUGCCCCCCCCCAGACCCACGUGUUGAAGUCCCGACCCUCAGACCUCAGAAUGGGACCUUUUUUGGGAAUAGGGUUGAGGCGAGGUCACGGUGGAGUAGGGUGGCCCUGAAGUGGUGACUGGUGUCCUUGGGGCCGUAUGGACACAGGCUGGGAGAAGCCCCGUGAAGAUGGGGACACAGGGUGAUGCUUCCCCAGGCCAAGAUUGCAGUGACCCCCGGGGACGCUGGACGAGCCUGGGGCAGACCCCCCCCCCCAGCAGGAGCAGCCUGGGGCGCUUCCCGGGCUGUGCCCUCCUGAGUCGUGGGGAUCAGCAGGAGGGCACCCAGCAGAUAGAAGGGGGAUAAACAACGAAGAGAGGGGGGCGCUGUGCUGUGGGGGAUGUGCCUUAGACCUCAGGGUCCCUGGGCUGGCCGGGAGAUGGCACUGGGGACGGGGGUUUGGGGGACAGCCUGGGAAAUGGAUGUUCAGGCCUGGAGAAAGGAAUGUUCGUGUCCUCUGCCCCCAGGUGACCUGUAAGCACAGAGGAUGGGGGUGGGGUUGAGAGGACAGUUUGCCUGGGUGGCUGCUCCAGGAAAUCAUGAUAUGGGGGCUUAAAGCACAGGGGUGUGUUCCCCCCGCCUUCUGGAGGGCGUGUCCUCCCGCCUUCUGGAGGGCAGAGCCUGCGGUCCAGGCGGGGCAGGCGGAGAGGCCGCCGGCAGGGAUGAGGGGGUGGUGUGGGCCUCGGGCUCUCAAAUCCGGGGGGCCAGACCAUCCCAGAGCAAGGUGUCCACGGAGCCGAUCCCUCAGCCAGCCCCAGGGAUGGGCCCUUCCUGCCUUUCCCGGUUAAAUACUAACACUAGGAUUUAAGACAAAAUAUAACAUUUGUUAAUGUCACUUAAAAAUCUCAUUCAUUACAUUUUAAGAUUAAAAAUAACGUUUUUUAGAAAAAGGAA